CGCCGCGUGCUCAGUUAAGGUUGUCACCGGCGCCCGUGCCCGGCCCACCAUGUUCCACAACAGCAGCCAGCGGCGCCACUGGACCUUCGCCAGCGACGAGCAGCUGGCGCGGCUGCGGGCCGACGCGAACCGCAAGUUCAAGUGCAAGGCGGCGGCCUCCGGGAAGGUUCUUCCAAAUGAUCCCAUCUUUCUUGAGCCUCAGGAAGAAGCGAUACUAUGCAAAUACUAUGAAAAAAGAUUAUUGGAAUUCUGUUCAGUAUUUAAGCCAGCAAUGCCACGGUCUGUUGUGGGUACAGCUUGUAUGUAUUUCAAACGUUUUUAUCUUAAUAAUUCAGUGAUGGAAUACCACCCCCGGAUAAUAAUGCUCACAUGUGCAUUUUUGGCCUGCAAAGUGGAUGAAUUCAACGUGUCUAGUCCUCAGUUUGUUGGGAACCUUCGUGAGAGUCCCCUUGGGCAGGAGAAGGCACUGGAACAGAUUUUGGAAUAUGAACUACUGCUCAUACAACAAUUAAACUUUCACCUCAUUGUCCACAACCCAUAUAGACCAUUUGAAGGCUUCCUCAUUGAUAUAAAGACUCGCUAUCCCAUGUUGGAGAAUCCAGAGAUUUUGAGGAAAACAGCUGAUGACUUUCUUAAUAGAAUUGCAUUGACGGAUGCUUACCUGUUAUAUACACCUUCCCAAAUUGCCCUAACUGCCAUUUUAUCUAGCGCUUCCAGGGCUGGAAUUACCAUGGAAAGUUAUUUGUCCGAGAAUCUAAUGCUGAAAGAAAACAGAACUUGUUUGUCACAGUUACUAGAUAUAAUGAAAAGCAUGAGAAACCUAGUAAAAAAGUAUGAGCCGCCCAGAUCUGAAGAAGUUGUUCUUCUGAAACAGAAGCUAGAACGAUGUCACUCUGCAGACCUGGCACUUAAUGUAAUUACGAAGAAGAGGAAGGGCUAUGAAGAUGACGACUACGUAUCCAAGAAACCCAGACUGGAGGAGGAAGAGUGGACUGACGACGAUCUGGUAGAUUCUCUGUAAUCACGUGAAGCUGAUGUGGCUGUACUAACUACCCAACAGGAAGAGGAAGCCUAUGUGGCAUUUAACUUUAUUAAAAAAUACAUUGUGUAGCUGGGUGUGGUGGCGCAUGCCUUUAAUCCCAGCACUCGGGAGACAGAGGUAGGAGGAUUGCCAUGAGUUCAAGGCCACCCUGAGACUACAGAGUGAAUUCCAGGUCAGCCUGGGCUACAAUGAGACCCUACCUCAAAAAAAAAAAAAAAGAAAAUAUCAAAAUAUAUUAAACUUCUAUUUGUUAUUUAACUUUCCUUUUAUGGUUGUAUUAUGCAAAACUUCAAAGAACUAGAAUGGCACCUAAUUUGGGUAUUCCUGUCCCUCCUUUACUGGCUCGAACUGUCCUCCAGGAAAACUAGUGCAGUUGUCCACAGAAUGUGAGGAGCAAACUAAGAAAGAGAAAAACUAAAAUGCUAAGGAACAGUAUUUUGUCCUUAACCUUUAUAAAUUACUUUUCAGUAGUUACCCUGAUAUAUUCAGCAAUUUGUUCAUUAUUACUGAGCUAAAAAUACACUGAGUAGUUACCGUACCUGAGUAAAUAAUUUGUCUUUGUUUAUUAGAAAAAUAAAGUGGAUUUAAAAAAGUUAAA